AGCCAUUGGUUCGCUGUCGGCGCGUGCCCCGCCCAGGGGCGGCUUUCAGCUCACGGCCCGCUCAGGACUACAGAGCACUUCCGGCUUCCGACCUGCUCAAGAUGGCUACCGGGGUACGUCCGGCUCUUCCCGGACGGGGCCCGCCUCCACGUGCGCAUUUUCACCGCGUCGAGGGCAGGACUUAGAGUAAGCUUUUGAUUGGUCAACGGGACAGGUGACCUUUCCCCUCCGCGACAGUUUCCCGGGGCUGCUUAGAUCCGGAGCGGCUCGGACGCGGGUUACAGGGAGGCAAGAUGGCGGACGUGCUGGAUCUUCAUGAGGCCGGCGGCGAGGAUUUCGCCAUGGAUGAGGAUGGGGACGAGAGCAUCCACAAACUGAAAGAAAAGGCGAAGAAACGGAAGGGCCGCGGCUUUGGCUCCGAAGAGGGGUCUCGAGCGCGGAUGCGGGAGGAUUAUGACAGCGUGGAGCAGGACGGCGACGAGCCCGGACCGCAGCGCUCUGUCGAAGGCUGGAUUCUCUUUGUCACUGGGGUCCAUGAGGAAGCCACGGAAGAAGACAUCCAUGACAAAUUUGCAGAGUAUGGGGAAAUAAAAAACAUCCACCUCAACCUGGACCGGCGCACAGGCUACCUGAAGGGGUAUACUCUAGUUGAGUAUGAAACAUACAAGGAGGCCCAGGCUGCGAUGGAGGGACUCAAUGGCCAGGAUUUGAUGGGACAGCCGAUCAGUGUGGACUGGUGUUUUGUUCGGGGUCCACCCAAGGGCAAGAGGAGAGGUGGCCGCCGGCGCAGCAGGAGUCCAGACCGGAGGCGUCGCUGACAGGUCCUCUGCUGGCCAGGUGUUCGCUCCAGAGAUUCCAUGUGACCACGGGGCCGGGGUGGAACUCGCUGUUUAUAUUUAAUCCUU